AUGAUACUAUCGAGAUUCCCCACCAAAAUUUCACGAAUACUACCCCAAAAAACAAUUUCCGUAACAUGCAACCAUUCACUUCAACGAAACUUUACAUCCAGUCAUCGCCAUUUACAAACUCCACUUGAACUAUACUCUAAACGAGUUAAACAUGGUAAAUUGCGAGAUGACCCAUACCAACACAAAAUCAUCACGUCGUUAUCCCAACUACACGAGCUGUUAAAUACAUAUCAACCACCCAAUGUGGAAAUACCAACAUACAAGGACUUGAAACCAAAAUUUUCCCUCGUUAAGACUUUUUCAUCAUUUUUUGGUCGCAAUGGUGGUGGAACAAACUCAAUUGUUGGAGCUUCAGAUUACGAUUUCGCCAAUGAUGAUGAUAGCAAUGGUGUUAAGGGGAUAUACCUUUACGGAGAUGUUGGAUGUGGUAAAACUAUGUUGAUGGAUUUGUUCUAUCAAACGGUGCCAUCACAUUUGAAUAAAAAACGUGUUCAUUUCCAUCAAUUUAUGCAAAAUUUACAUAAACGGACCCAUCAAUUAAAGAUGAAGUAUAGUACCAAGCUGAAGACGGGUGAAGAGCAUGAUGACAUUGAUGUUAUUCCGAUAUUGGCGGCUGAGAUUGCUCGUGAUUCAACUAUCUUAUGUUUCGAUGAGUUUCAAGUGACAGAUGUUGCUGAUGCCAUGUUGUUGCGUCGAUUGUUAAUGAUGUUGUUGUCGCCCCAGUAUGGUGUUGUUUUAUUUGCCACCAGUAAUCGAGCUCCUGAUGAUUUAUACUUGAAUGGGAUCCAAAGGGUUAGUUUCAUUCCAUGUAUUCAAUUGAUUAAACAUAAGUGUCGUGUCAUUUACUUGAAUUCACCAACUGAUUACAGAAAAGUACCCAAACCGGUUAGUUCAGUUUAUUAUUUCCCCAAGCCAGGAGUUAAAUGGGAUUCGAAAGUUAAUCGUACCAAUUGUACCAAACAUGUUGCUCAAUGGUAUGAUUAUUUCAAUGAUGGUAAUGCUGAAUGUCAAGAAAAGUUGACUGAUUACGAUCUUGAAGUAUGGGGCAGACGUAUCCCAAUCCCGUUAUGUUCUCCACCAAACGUUGCCCAAUUUACGUUUUUUGAACUAUGUGGUACACCAAGAUCAGCCGGUGAUUACCUCACUUUGGCUGAACUGUUUCAUUCAUUCAUAAUCACUGAUAUCCCUUAUCUCAGUAUCGACGCUAGAAAUGAAGUGCGUCGUUUCAUUACAUUUUUGGAUGCGGUUUAUGAUUCACAUGGUCGUUUGGCAGUAACGUGUGCUGCUCCAUUCAAGGAUUUAUUCGUUGAGCCAGAGGACUUGGCUGAGGGAAACUAUCAAUUGUAUAAACGACAAAAGGAUAAAGGGGUUGAGGAAACUUUUGAAGAUGAUGAGUUGGUGACUAAACACGGCUUUGAUAAGUCGAUUGCGAAAAAAGCAAAUAUGUUUGCCAAUGAUGAAGAGAGGUUUGCAUUUGCUCGAGCUUUGAGUAGGUUGUCGCAAAUGAGUACGACUGAAUGGAUUGAGCAUGGACAAGAUUAA